AUGAGUGAAAUUACAGAAAGUGCUGGGCGAGUUCAGCCUGGGAUCGAGAAAGAGGUUGGUAAGAAUGAAGGCACGGAUGAUGCUGCAUCUAGAACGGACGAGCAGAACCCUUCUAUACAGGAAAAUGCCGAGGGCACGGCCAACUACCAAGACUUCAAGCUUUCUCUGUCUGGGAAACUCAUCUUCUUUACUCUGGCCGUGCUGACGUUAAUGGUCUCGCUGGAUGGGACGUCUAUCUCGGUGGCGUUGCCAAAAAUGGCAGCCGAAUUGAACGGCUCUGCAAUGGAAGCCUUCUGGAGCGGGACCUCAUUUCUGCUCUGUUCAACGGUUUUCCAGCCCAGCACCGCCACUCUCUCCAACAUCUUCGGUCGACGUCCACUCAUCAUCAUCUCCAUCGUCUUCUUCUUCGUCGGUGCGCUCGUCGCCGGCCUUGCACACAACUUCACCGAGAUCCUCGUCGGACGAUGCAUCCAAGGCGUCGGCGGCGGCGGCAUCGCCAUGCUCUCGGAAGUGGUCGUGACGGACCUCGUCCCGCUGCGUCUGCGUGGGAAUUACUACGGGAUCCUCAGCGCAGCGUAUAGUCUAGGCUCAGUUCUCGGACCGAUCGUAGGAGGUGGAUUCUCGGAGAACGUCACCUGGAGAUGGAUCUUCUAUAUCAACUUCCCCUUCAUCGGCAUCUCCGCCUUCUUCAUCGUCUUCUUCUUCCACCUCCCCAAACCCCCAGGCUCCCUCCGCCAAAAGCUCCUCCGAAUCGACUACCUCGGCACGAUCCUCUUCGUUGGCAGCGUCUCCUCCUUCCUAAUCCCCCUCUCGUGGGGCGGGAUCAUGUACCCCUGGUCCUCCUGGCGGACGCUCGUCCCCCUGAUCGUCGGCGGCUUGGGCCUCUUCAUCUUCGUCAACUAUGAGAUCUACACCCCCAGCGAGCCGAUGAUCCCACACUCUGUGUUCACAAACCGCAGCGCCGUAAUCGCGUUCAUCGCAUCCUCCCUACAAGGUCUCAUCCUCUGGUCCGCGCUCUACUACCUCCCUCUAUACUACGAGGCGGUCAAGGAAUUCGAACCCAUUUUAACUGGCGUCGCCCUUUUCCCCGAGACAUUCACCGUGGCUCCUAGCGCUAUCUUCUGCGGAGUGAUCAUCACCGUCACGGGUCGUUAUCGAUGGGGUCUCUGGGUUGGAUGGCUUCUGUCGACCAUCGGGCUAGGUGUUACCUGUCUCCUGAAACCGGAGACUAGCACCGCUGGAUGGAUCUUCCUAAACAUCACUCCAGGACUGGGGCUAGGGAUCCUAACAGCCGCAAUUGUAUGCACGGUGCAAGCCUCCUCCACGAACCGCAACCUCACCGUCGCAGUUGCGAUGGUAGUAUUCUUUCGAGCAUUUGGCCAAGCAAUUGGUAUCGCCGUGGGAGGUGUGAUCUUCCAGAAUCAGAUGAAGCAUAAGUUGUCAAAUUACCCAGCCCUCGCGGGACAUGCUGUAGAGUAUAGUCGCGACGCAGCGGCCCUCGUCACCGUCAUCCAGGGAAUGGGGGAUACGGGAGAGGAAGGGAUCAGGAAGGGGGAGUUGAAGGAGGCGUAUACGGAUAGUUUGAGAGUUAUUUGGGGUGUCAUGUGUGCUGUUUCGGGGGUGGGGUUGGUUAUGAGUGCGUGGGUUGAGAAGUAUGAUUUGAAUCGGGCGUUGGGGGAGGAUUUGGAAGAGGUCAAGAAGGAUGGUGGGAGGAGGGACGAGGAGAUGUUGAGUAUGGAGUAG